UAGAAACCGCAACCGUCCGCAUCCACAAACUCCCGCAACCGCAACCGCUGCGUUUGAACCAGUCAGGCUCUUAGUUUAGUUUUUACUUUUCUUAAUUUAAUUUUUUUCAUAAAUUAAGAUAUUAUAUAUUUACAACGAAUUUGCAUUUUAUUCCAUUUUCAUAUGUAAACAUUUUUGAAGCUUUUAAUUUGCUGCCUUGUUUUGUUCAGGAUAUAUGUAUUUUUUUUCCCUUUGACUAUUCGAUUGCACUGAACUGAGAGCUGUAAGUUUCUUUCCAGAUUUGACAGGAUAUAUUCUAUCUCAUCUUCGUUAAACUCGUCUUAGCUUUGGAUAUUCUUUUAGGGAUCACGAUUUGGCAGCCAACUUUGACGUCUUCACUCCUCAUCCAUGUGUAAGGAUCCUUUAAUUACACACUUGUCCUUUUUUAUGAUAUCAUUAUCAUCUUUUGACGGAACAGAGAGAGAUCGCUUCAAGGCAUAUUGCAACUAGGCUUGGAUGUUUCGACAUCCGUUCAGAUUUGGAUCGGGUAUUUCAGGUUCAUCAUCCUAGGUCUUAUUCUAAUAUUCUAUAAGUAUGGAUCAGCUUCGGUUUGAAUUAGUUAUACAUAUCAUAAAACCCAUAAAGUAACUAUAUAUCAUUCGGAUUCGAGUUAUAUCGGUUUGGUUCGGAUAUAUCCAAAGUAAAAGACAAAUUUUGAAAGCACGACAUAAAAAAAACUACUUAAAUUGAACAGAAACUAAUCCAUCUCACAUCAAAUUGAUAUAAUAAUAAUAAAAUGUUAAAUCAAACAUCAUUUAUAAACAAUAUCCAUUCACUUAUAGAUAGAGUAGACUUGUUAUUUAAACGAGCAAAUUUUUGAAGUAUUUAUCUAUGACUAAUUGAGUAUUUAAGGUAUUUAUUUAAUUUUAAUACUUAUUUUUAUAUAGCAUAUCAACAUGAACAUUGAAUUGAGUAUUUGAAAUGCUUAUAUGUUUCAAAAAUUUAUAUUGACUAUUAAUUUUGGAUUUUUUAGGUUACCUAUUCGGGUUUGGUUAAUAACACUUACCACCCUACAAGACCCAUUCAGAUAUUUUUAUAUUUCGGAUUGGAUAACGUGUUGGGUUUUUCGGUUUGGGUUCAGUCCGAAUCGCGGGUUCUGGAUUUUAUGCCAGCCCUUAUUGCAACUGUUGAAAGAAUUUGAAAACGUUCGGGUCUUGCUCUUAGUCUUUCUAAAACAUAUAUCUAUUUUUAGAUGAGAAUGACCAUAUAGCCUCUCCUGAGAUUGCAACUCGGUUCAGUUUAAACAAGGUGCUCUUCUGAAAAAAAUAUCUUGGACUUCCUCUAUUUUUUCAGAAGUAGGGCUUAGAUAUUAGUGAUUACCAACCUUUGAUUGAUAAGGUCCGAAAUCGUAUUUCAUCUUGGACGGUUAGACGCCUCUCCUUCACAUAAAGACUUCAAUUGAUACAAUCAGUAAUUCUAACUUUUGCUACCUAAGUGCUACUUUCAAGAGCUUGAGAGAGAAUUUGUAACGCCGUUUUAGGGAUGGAGUUUCACAUUCAGAUAAAUGAGCGAAGGUUUCUUGGGACUCCAUCUGCGCGAAAAGGAGGGAGGCUUAUGCAUCAUAAAAUUGGAAGACUCGAUCAGGUGUUUGGACUGAAGUUAAUAUGGCUUAUAUUCUCUAGAAACAGCUCUCUUCAGGUGGCAUGGAUUUAUAGGAACAUUUUUUUGUGGCAUAGAAUUUUGGGUGAUAGAAGCUCAAACAUCCUCUAGUUAAGCUGCUAAGUGAGUGUAUCCACUCAUUUCCAACGCUACUGGACUCAAAUUCAUAUGAUUAUUACCUUUGGAGAAACUCAUUAAAUCAUCCACUUAGGUUAUUCUCAAUAUCAAAAACUUAGGAUUCUUUGCACCCUUUAAGUUGACUCGGUUUGUUAGUUGACUGGUUUAAAGUUGUUUGGUUCAAAGAAUGAAUUCCUUAACAUUCAUUAUUCGUUUGGCUUGUUCUUCGAAAUUGACUAACUACUUGGGAACAAUAAGAAGUGAGGUAUGUAUGUCCCUCAUGAUUGUCUCCUUUGUUUGAUAAAAUCUAGAGAGUAGAAAACACAUGCUCUUCGAAUGUGAACUUUCAAAAGACAUAUGGACUGCUUUCUUCAAUCAUAAUCUCUUCUCUGCGCAUGUCGUUUUUGAGGAUGUAAUUCGCUGGCUGAGGUCACUAGCUCCGCGUAAAAAGCUGAACAUCAUUGUCAAACUUAUCUUUCAAUCAGUGGCAUAUAAAAUUUAGACGGUAAGAAACAAAUUAAAGAUUACAUUCGAACUCCUCUCUCAGUCAGCAGAAGUCAAUGUCAAAUUAAUUAGAACCAUCCUUCGAGCAAAAGCUCUUAGGCAUUGAUCGUGUCCUCUCAUCUCGAGCCUCAUCUUCAAUACCCGCCAAUCAUGACAGUGAAUUCUUCCUACCUAGCAAAUCACAAGCAAAUGAUUUCCUUUUGUCCCACUAUUAUCUUUUGCUGUUGCUUUUAUUUCAUUUCUUCUGUUUAUAUAUUGUACUUUUUUCUUGCAUUUUUGAAAAUUAAUAAAUGGUAUCUAAAAACCUAUAAUAUUAUAUCGUUUAAUACUGAAAAUAUUGAAUUUUAAAUUUUGAAUCUUCACAACCGUUUACCAAAAGAUUUAAAAGAUGAAAGUUAAAACAUUUUCACGGACCUCAAUAAAGACUAUAAUAAUAAAUUUAACAGUCAAAGGAUUUUGAAAAAAUAAGAUAUACACUAAAUCUUAAUUAAAAUUAUAAAAUGCUUUAAUAAGAUAUAAAAGAUUAUUUAAUUUUUUUGGGGGCUUUAUUCAAACAGUUUUUAAUUGAUCCAAUAUGGAUUCAAGGGCUUUUUCAAAACUCUGAUAAAAUGGGGUUUACAUUUUCGAGUUUGAGCUUUCUAGCCGGUUCUUAUCUUUUUUUUUUCUUUUUUUUAACUCAACUUCAAACAUUCAUUUCACCAAUGCCAUUGAUACAAAGACUUGACCGCACGAGACUUAUACAACUAAUACAUUAAGUUGAUUUAGUAACACCUUGAAUUACUUAAAUGGAUCCAACGCAACCUAGUCUUUAACUCAAUACAUUUUUGAACCACAAUGAGAAUGAAUCACCCCCACUACUCAGAGGGACCACCUCUUAAACCACCUACAUUCGACCAAAUGGUACCAACAACCUCUACUAACAUAACAGACUAACAACUACAUCCGAGAUCAGUCUUAAACUAGAUAAUGAAUCUAAAUAAAUAAUCCUUAACGUGCUUGACCCGUCAACACCUUCACCAAAGGCGCAACAUCGAACUAGCGUUAUCCUGCUGGUGCUCAAGGCUGCGCCCCUCAGCCUAAACCGGAUACCUAGAUCCAAAUGAAAGACGGGUCUCAAUGAUCGAGCGUAUCCGGUGUAGUGAAUCUAAGUUUCCCGAGAAGCAGAGUUCAUACCACCUCUUUGGAAAAAUCAAUUCUGUUAUGGCUCUGGGUAGUAGCUCCUCUGCCACAAACCGCCGUUAGAUUAUAUAUCUUCCCUGUUUGACCGCUUUGUCGGCGUAGCCUAAGGUUCGUGUGGAUCCAGAUAACCGGGACCCAAAAUCUUUCCACUUGCCAUUAAAAAAUCUUUUUCAGAUCUCACCACCGCACAGGGGCUUAGAUCUAUGAGGAAGGAGUCGUCUCCCAGAGUCAUGUGCCGCCGUCGAACCAAACUUCCCGGAGAUCUUAAAAAGGAAAAUCAGAUAUGGCUUCUCCAAACCCUAAAAGCCGACUUUCUUCACCCCCAUCAUCUUGAUGGCCUGGCCGCAACUCCAAAGCAUCGCUGGAUUCACUACUGUCAGUCUCGAGAUGAAACCUCGGGUGGGCUCCCCGAACCCAUAGUGGCAAGCAUGUCGGCUAGGUCAGAACGAAGGUUAGGAAAGUAAAAGGAAAUUAAGAUGAGGGAAAGGGAGAUGCCUCAGGCGCCCGAAUAGCCGGGCCAAAGUUAGGGUUUUGCCGUUGUGAAGAUAGAGGUUAGAGCUUCUUUCUUUUAGGGAAAGGCUUUGUUUAGUUUGCCGGUUCUUGUCUUUUUAGCUUUGUUUCUUGUCUCAAACAUUUCUUGCACUUCUUUUAUUUUAUGAAAAUUGAUUUUCAACAUGAAUAAUACACCACCAAAUAACCACACAUCUAGAUGUAAAUAAUGUAUCGAAAACUACAAGAACGAUGUAAUCACAUGACAUCUCUAAAAUAAUACUCCAUCCGUUCCUUAAUGAUAGAUUUUUUAGGAAAAAAAAUUGUUUGAGAAAGAUGUAUUUUUUUGUGUUCUCUAUGAAAAAUUGUAAACUUCAAGAAAAUUAAUUGACUUUAUUGAAUUACUAUUGGUUAAAAGUUAUUGAAAAUUGAAAAUUACAGAAAAAAAUAUAUUUAUUAUGGUAGUUUAAUGUGUUUUCUUAAUGUGUGUGAAAAUACUAAAAAGUAUAUCUUUGUGGAACAUAUGGAGUAUAUGUUAUAUUGUUAAUAUCAUAAAUAUAAUUUUGAUAUCUGAAAAAUGUGUCAGAAUUGGAUUUUGGCAUCACCAGUGCAAAUUUUUUUGAGAAACGAAUGAUAAUAUAAUUUUACACAUCAAUAAAAUAUGAGAUAACAUGUUCAAACAUGUUAAAAUAUGUUAAGCAUCAUGAAAAAUUCUCAAGUUAUUCAAUUGACUUUUAUGGCUGUCAAAAUUAUGCUGAUGAUUUACAAGAUUACACACAAUAGUUCAGGGAUGUUAUCAUGUGAUUCAUAUAGUUCGUAUAGUUUUUAAUAUAUUAUUUUGACCAGAUAUGUAAUGUAUUGUUCGUGUAGUUAACAAUCAGUUUAUUUUAAAAUUUUAUUACAAAAAUCUGUUUAAUACAUACACUUUUGCAGGAAGAAACCUCAAAUCCUCCUAACCAGUCUAUACCAAUUUAAAAAAUUCCCUCAAAGAAAUAAUUCAUCUGCAUUACUAUUAUAUAAGAGCCAUGGUUUAGGAUCAAACCAUAGCAUAGUAUUUACCCAUGUCUAUUUGAACUAAUAAACCACAUCAAACACUACAUAAAGCAUUGUAGCAUGUCAUACCAAAGUCAGGUACCUCAAUAUCUACAAAUUCUAACUUGGUGGUCAAAUUUGAAAUCUUUGCACAUGCAUAUAAAGAAAAGAAGUACACAAUUAGAUACUUUAGUGUCAAUUCUUUUCUUCCCAAAGUGAAAUACCCAUUAAAUUUUCCAAGGUAUCUUUUGCUUUGUACUUAGCUACCACAUACGUUUUUUACUUUUAGUUUACUACAUAAACCUCACAAGCCACAACACAAAUCACAUUACUUGCCUAUUAAUUCCACUAAAAUGCAUAACAAGAUUGGCUCUCUACCGGUCAGAUCCGAACCAUCAGCCCGACCCAUAUCCCGUCACCACUCAACGAGUUACAUUGAUAGGGUCAAAGAAAGCCUCACAACAAGAGUCUCCAAAUUCAUAUGUGCCAUUUUCUUAUCUCUUUUGUUAUGUUUAGGCAUUGUUUUUUUCAUAUUAUGGAUCAGUCUACGUCCUCACCGACCCCGUGUCCACAUGCGCGAGUUCUCUCUCCCCGGUUUGGGAAAAACCGACGGGUUUGAAACCUCUCAUAUAAGCUUCAAAAUAACGGUUCAUAACCCAAACCAAAAAGUUGGUGUUUACUACGACUCCAUGGAAGGAUCCGUUUACUACAAAGAAAAACGGGUCGGGUCGACUAAACUCACUCACCCAUUAUACCAGGACCCAAAGAACACAAGCUUGGUCGAAGGAGACUUACGUGGGCCCACAAUGGCGGUGAAUAAGGACCGUUGGAAGGAGAUGGGACGAGACAGGAAUCAAGGGAAGGUUGUGUUUCGUUUGGAUGUGGUUUCCGUGAUACGGUUUAAGGUGUACUCGUGGCACAGUAAGAUGCAUAGGAUGCACGCAAACUGUUAUAUCGAAGUCGGCUGGGAUGGCAUGUUGUUGAGCAGGACCAAAGACAAGAGAUGUCCGGUUUAUUUCACUUGACUCAAUUUGUCGCAUUUAUGAUGUGAACCAUUUUCUUUUCUAUAAUGUGAUUCCAAUUUGAUUAGUUCAACAUAUCGGCUGUAUUCUAAACAUUUUUUUUUUAAAUUAUUCCAAAAAUUAUCAUAAAAGUGAUGUUUUCAUGUGUAUUUAAUUUCAGUGUCACAAUUUGAUUGGCACAUGAUGACCCGUAUAAUUGUUUUUAGUAAUCCUAUAAUUAAACGUCAAGGUUUACAUAAUUAUCCGUACCUAACUAUUUGCGUGCUUAUAUUUAUGUUUAUGUGUGUCAUGUUGUUUGACAUAAUUAAAUUUAAUUAUGUGUAUUUUACAAGAUUGAAUUUUUUUUUUUUUUACAAACGUUGAAAUAUUCAACUGACAGCGACUAACUUAAAUAAGUAAUAUGAACGAAUAUAUAAAUUUAUAUUGGUUGUGACAAAAAAAAACUCUAAUUUUUAGAUUUUUUUUUUCUUUUUGUUAUCUAGAGGUUUUCUGGACAUGAUCCCCUACGCCAGGGAAAUGAAUAAUUUCUUAUCCCAAAACAUAGUAUAAGUCUCUUUUUCACUAGAUUUCAAACCAGAGCGCAACAACACCAACGCAUGCGCUAAAAACAACUGGUCAAACGAGUCUGAUGGUUAUAAUUUUUAGUUUUCCAUACAAGGUGUCUAAAAUAUUUCAAAAUUAAAAUAAUUUUCAUUAUACUUUUAUUGUUAUAAAUUAAAUUAAUAUUUUUUUGUAUUCAUCAAAUCAAAAUAAUGCGAAACUAAAACUACUAACAAAUUAAAUAACAGAAAAUAUAUAAAAUAGACUGACUGGUAACGUUAGAAUUGUGAUAUUUGGUAUAGAAAAUGUGACAAAAUACAUCUGAUGUGAAAUUUUGAAAAAUUAAACUAAAUUAGUAUAUGUAAGGAAACAUGCAACAAAUAUAAAUUUUGAGUAACCAUUUUUAUUGGACUGGUUAAAAUAGACUCAAAACAUGAAGUCAACCACAAAACUAACCUAUGUUUUUUUGAACUUUUUGCUCUAUUCACCCCACAAGUUCACGUUAUUUACGAAAAUGCCAUUAGUUUUUUUUUUUUUCAAAAUGAAACUUUUACUCUCUCAACCUGAUAAUCUUCACGUAUUUAUAAGAUUGUCAUUGCCAUCAAUACAUCAACCACCAUGAACAACCAAUUUGAAACUCUUCAUGAACCUUAAAUCGAUUUACACUUUUCUUUCUCAAUUCUUAUCAACUAAAAACAACAUUUCUGUUACUUUCUCUCCAUAAUCAAUCAAAAAAAUCUCAAGAUUUUGAUUCUAAUUUUUUUUAUGGUUCAUAGAGCCAUUAAAGCUUGUGAUUCUUGGUGGCUCACUUUUGUUUAAGAUUCUGGGUGCUUGGAAAAGACUUAUGUGUGCUAAACAAGUUAUCUCACUGGUUGAAACUAUGAAAUUGAGAUUUUUUCCAGAUCUAUUCGUCCAGUCGACUAACAGGUAAGUCUUCUGGCUGUAGACGAUUUACCUGGAAGUCGUCUGGUCAAUGCAGAGAUUAGUUUUGCAAUUGAAUUUUAAUAUAUUUUUUCUAGACGACUUACAGGUUAGUCGUCCACCUUUGUUUGAUAAAAAAUUGAGACGCGCUACAUGUAAGCCAUCUCGGAAAAACGGGUUAGUUUUGUAUUUGACCGGAAUGUGUUAGAAAUUUAACUUUUCCUGGACGACUUACAAGUUAGUCGUCGAGUAUUAAAUUAAAAAAACUAUUAUUUUUCUCCUAGACGACUUACAUGUAAGUCGUCUCAGGUUAGUUUUGCAAUUGAAAUAUUAAACAAAAAAAUAUUUUUUAACAGACAAAGAUGGACAUGACUUCCAUGUAAGUCGUCUAGGUUAAAAAUCAAUUGCAAAACUAACCUAAAUUAACGACUUCGUAGAAGUCUACCUGACGACCUCCAUGGAAGUCGUAUGCAUCAAUGUUUAAUAAAUUUUCAUUUUCUCUAAAACUAUAAAGACUUUUUAAUAGUUUUUUGUUAAUUCAUGUAUAUUAGUCAAUAUUGGAGUUACUGAAUUAAAUUUAUAAGUUAAUUGGUGAUAUUUAUGAGGUUACCAACAUUCAUGCUUAGUAAAGUUUCUAGCUAAUUGAGAAGACUUUUGUGGAAGUCUUCUAUGCUAGUUUUUGUAAAUCUGUUAAGUAACUUUAAGAUAUUUUUAUUUAAUUUUCAAAAAUAUUAAGUAACUUCACGAAUAUCAAGUAACAUCGUUUAAUGUGUCUUCUUAGAUCAUAAGAUAUACUUUUUUAUUUAUGUAUCUAAUGAAAGUGUUCCAGCUUUGAACUUAUGUAAUGUUUUAUCUUUUGUGAAUUUGACUAAGUUUUCUUGAGAAUUAUUCUCCCUUAGUUGUAAUAAAUUUGAUUAAUUUUUUUUGUGUUAUUGUGUUUUUCUAUUGAAGUUGUAUCAAUAACUUCAAUUAUGUCAAGUAAUUUUGGCAAGAUAAUAUUAUGGAAAAUGAACAUAUUUACCAAACUUUUUCGUUAAUAUCUCUUAAAAUUUACAAAAAAAAAGUCACAACUAAAGAAGUACACAUGCAAAUCACAAAACAGACCACAAACAAAAACUAUUAUAGAUCAUUCCUUUACAAAGACAAGCUUAGACUCCACUUGAUAUGGAAGAAGACCCCAUCAGAAGACUUCCUGGAAGUCGUCUGGACGACUUUGUGAAGUCGUCUGAAGGACUUUUGGAAGUCUUCUACUGUAUUAUAUUUUAGAAGACUUCCAAGAAGACUUCCCAUAGGUCUUCCAAAGUCUGAUCUAAAUCUGAAAAACAUGUAUAUUAAACCGAGAUCUGAAAAACCUGCAUAUCAUAUCAAAAAACGUUCAAAUAGCUUAAAAACAGAGAAAAUGAAUGGAAAAUUAGAUAGACAUACUUUUAUAGAACACACAAAGUACAUAUCCAAGUGGAAGAUGGUUCAGAACCAUCUGAUUAAAAACCUGCAA